AUGACUGUGCGUUUUGAGAAAUAAUACCAUUUAAUAAUCAACCACUCAUAUAAAUUGGAGUACAUAACUGUGCGUGUAUUAUCACACUCUUAAAUGAGAUUAAUGCUUUAAAUAGUUUGUGUCCAUAAAUACCCACUUAGAGACAAGCUAGAAGAAGAAGAGUGUAAGAGAAAGAACAGAUGCGUUUUCGAGUGUAAGAGAAAGAACACAACAACAACAACACGAUAGGAGAAAAUGAAGCCUCUGUGUCUGGUCACAAUCCUAUCGAUCCUGAUCCAACAAAGCUAUUUGAAGCUUGGAACAGAUGCGUUUUCGAGUGAUGGGUUCGUGAGAACCAAAGGUGUUCAGUUUAGCCUCAAUGGCUAUCCAUAUUACGCUAAUGGCUUCAAUGCCUAUUGGCUCAUGUACGUUGCCUCCGAUCCUUCCCAAAGGCCUAAGAUCUCCGCCGCAUUCCAAGAAGCGUCUCGCCAUGGACUGACCGUAGCUCGAACCUGGGCUUUCAGUGACGGCGGUUACAGGCCUCUCCAGUAUUCCCCUGGCUCUUACAAUGAAGAUAUGUUUCAGGGUUUGGAUUUUGCGAUAGCUGAAGCAAGAAAGCAUGGUAUAAAGAUCAUACUCAGCUUUGCGAAUAACUACGUGAGCUUUGGAGGGAAGAAGCAAUAUGUGGACUGGGCUAGAAGCCGUGGCCGUCCUGUAUCUUCUGAAGACGACUUUUUCACAGACUCUCUUGUUAAAGAUUUCUACAAGAAUCAUAUUAAGGCUGUGCUGAACAGAUUCAAUACUUUUACCAAAGUUCAUUACAGAGAUGACCCGACCAUUAUUGCUUGGGAGCUCAUGAACGAGCCUCGUUGCCCCUCGGAUCCAACCGGAAGAACCAUUCAGGCUUGGAUUACGGAAAUGGCUGCUCAUGUGAAAUCACUAGACAGAAACCAUCUGCUUGAAGCUGGCCUGGAAGGUUUCUACGGUCAGUCCUCCUCACCGCAAAGAAAGACUCUGAACCCACCAGGUCAGUUUGGAACCGAUUUCAUCGCCAAUAACCGCAUCCCAGGCAUUGAUUUCGUCACGGUUCACUCUUACCCAGACGAAUGGUUUGUAGACUCGAGCGAGCAGUCUCAAAUGGAGUUCUUAAACAGAUGGCUGGACGCGCACAUCCAAGACGCUCAGAACGUUCUCCACAAACCUAUAGUUAUAGCGGAGUUCGGCAAAUCGACGAAGAAAUCAGGCUAUUCUCCCGCGCAGAGAGACGGUGUCUUCAACACCGUGUACGGCAAGAUUUACGAGUCUGCGAAACGAGGAGGAGCAGCAGCGGGAGGAUUGUUCUGGCAGCUUUUGGGAAACGGAAUGGAUAAUUUUCAAGACGGGUAUGGGAUCAUACUUAGCCAGACCUCCUCCUCGACUGUUAACGUCAUUGCGCAGCAGUCGCGCAAGUUGACUUUGAUUCGGAGAAUCUUCGCAAGGAUGAUCAAUGUGGAGAAAUGGAAGAGAGCCAGAGGCUAUGGACCAGUAAGAAAAGGAGGUCACAAUAUUCAAAACUGAAAAAAUCUAGCGGGGGUCUUCUUGUAAUGUUUUACCCUUCUUUUUUCAUUUACCAAAUGUGAUCUUGAGAUGCGUUUUGAAUCGUAAGAUCUCAGCUUGUCCAAGAAAAGUUAUAGUGAUAGUUUUUUUUUUACCUCUUAA